AUGAGGUCAUUAUCUAUCUAUCUAUCUAUCUAUCUAUCUAUCUAUCUAUCUAUCUAUUUCAAUCUGUUCAUUAUCUCUCUCUCACUCUCGCUAUCUAUCUAUCUAUCUAUCUAUCUAUCUAUCUAUCUAUCUAUCUAUCUAUCUAUCUUAGCUAGCUCGAUAGCUGAUUUUUUUUUGUUUCUUUCCUUUUCAACUGGUUUAUUCCAUCUCUACCUGUCUAUGGAAAUCAGUUUCUAUCUAUCUAUCUAUCUAUCUAUCUAUCUAUCUAUCUAUCUAUCUAUCUAUCUAUCUAUCUAUCUAUCUCUAAUUCAUCUGUUCAUUCUAUCUAUCUAUCAAUCUAUCUCUAAUUCAGUCUGUUCAUAUCUAUCUAUCUAUCUAUCUAUCUAUCUAUCUAUCUAUCUAUCUAUCUAUCUGACUCAGUUCAUAUCUAUCUAUCUAUCUAUCUAUCUAUCUAUCUAUCUAUCUAUCUUGAUAUUAUCGAUAACAUUCUUUCUUUCUUUCUUUCUUUCUUUCUUUCUUUCAGUGAAUUUUUUUGCCUUUUCUUUCAUUCGCUCUCUCUUGUCAUUUUUGCCUUUUCUUUUCUUUUUUCUUUUCUUUCUUUUCUUAUCUUUCUUUCUUUCUUUCUUUCUUUCAGUGAAAUUUUUUUCCCUUUUCUUUCAUUCUCUCUCUCUCUCUUACAAUACUACCCUCUAUAACCUCUUGUUUCUCACUUCGUUCUCUCCCUAUCUGGUUUCUUCCUAUUUCUUCUGCUUUUCUUUUUUUCUGUUUUCUUUCUGUCUUUGCCUCUCUCUGUGUAUCUCGGACUCAUGUCUAAUUCUAUCUAUCUAUCUAUCUAUCUAUCUAUCUAUCUAUCUCACUGUGUUCAUAUUUAUCUAUCUAAAUAUCUAUCUCACUAUGUUCAUAUCUAUCUAUCUUUCUAUCUAA